ACCUUCCUUCUGUAUAGCAAACGUUCAUUAAUUGUUAUAAAUUUGCUCAAAUGUUGCUUGAUAAUCUUCGAAUGGCCACGGCUCGUCUCACGAAUAUCAAUAGGCAAGCCUUCGCCAUAGCAGGACGUGUGCAUACAAAAUGAGGAUCGUCUGCACCAAUAGAGACAGGUGGAUUAUUUAUCAUCAUGCAGGACUGAUGCUGUUGCUGGAAAUCCAGACUUUGCAUACUAACAGGCAGCUGCGCAUCGGUGCCGACGGACCUUUCUGAGCUAUGAUAAAGAUAUUGAGAUCAUUUGAUACUAUAAACGAUGCAUAAAUCCCUGAUGAAGGAAAAUCACUGCGGUCAUCUCUUUAUUGAAACCUUCGGAAAGCUGUGCGAUCAGGAGGCAUAAGCAUGUUUUUUUAGUAAAUAAAGAAGCCGAUUUGCGUUAAUAUAACAAUGCUUGAGAAGAGUAAAUAUAAUUUAGUGGACGACUCGAUAGAACCGAGGAUACCUGCAGAUAAUGAAGGACAGUUUCAUUACGGGCUCUCAUUUGAGGUUAAGUUCAUCGGAAGUCUUGAUAUCGUUCGACCUAAAAGCAGGAUAGAAAUCCUGGCAGCCAUGAGACAAAUACGGUAUGAGUUCAAAGUUAAGAAUAUCAAGAAGAAAAAGGUCAACCUCAUGGUGUCAGUGGAUGGUGUCAGAGUGCUUUUGCGGAGAAAGAAAAAGAAAUAUGGAUACAGUUGGGAUGACAGCCAAAUUACACUGGCUCAGGACCCCAUUUUCAGAAUAUUCUAUGUCUCACACGACUCACAGGACCUGAAGAUAUUUAGUUAUAUAGCAAGAGACAAAAAAAGCAACGUGUUCCGCUGCCAUGUCUUCAAAUCAAAGAAAAAGAGCCAAGCCAUGAAGAUAGUGCGAACGGUGGGCCAGGCAUUUGAAGUAUGUCAUAAACAAAGUCUAGACAAUGCUGACGCAUGGCUGGUAAAAGGAGAAGAGGAGAGAAGCAAAGAAGAGCCGUCGGCUUCCAGCAGCAGCUCUGAGAACUCUAUUUGCCUGGAGACAAAUGAAAAGGUGUGUGAAGACCCAAUUCUGGGGAUGGAGACUCUCUCUCAUCCCCUGAUGGUGAACCUUCAGGUUCAGCUUCUCCAGAGACAGUUACAACAGCAGGAACAGAGGAGCCAGGCCGCCUCCGCACAGGUCAGUCUGCUUCAGCAGCAGCUGUCGGGGGAGACCAGCGCCAGGACAGAGGCUCAGACCAGAGUCCAGCAGCUUCUUCAGCAGAACACUGAACUCCUGCAGCAUCUCUCUCUGCUGGUCAAACACGUUCAGGAGCUGGAGUUACGCACUCAAUCACAUAAACGGUCACCCUUGGGAUCCCAGGAUAGCCUCCUGGAAAUUGCCCUGCGUGCCAACAUGCCAGCCUUCAGUCCCAACCCUCCACCACCCCCUAGCGGGGCCUUUAAUCUCUCGGCCAGACAGAUUGGGCUGGACGGUUUUUGUUUCUUCACAGAACCUUCAGACAAGGAGAAGAAAACGGAGCAGGACAGGGACUCUGGACAGGGUCAUGAUGAAGAACAGUCGGGCGAUUGCUCUCCUCCAGGGAUUCAGUUUCUGAGCGCAAUGGAGACACCUGGAUUCAGAGAGUCUGGAAUCGCAUCUGGAUAUGAGUCCAAUACAGAUGAAAGUGAUGAUCGUGACAGCUGUGGACAGUAAUUGUGUAUCUGAUUGUGUAAAGUCCCUCCUGAAAGGACGAUCUUACACCAUCAUGGUUUAGGGCUGAUUCACAUUGAAGGUUAGCUUAGCUAUGUCAUUCACCAGCAAAACGUAUAGUCGCUGGAGAAGCUUAAUGACCAUGCUUGCUGCUUGAAAAAGUUAAAGACAUAAUUCACCAAAAAAAAAUGUCAUAGUUAUUUUUAUUAUUAUUCAUCAUCAUGAUGUGCAAAAUCUCUUUCUUUUGUGAAACCCAAAAGAAGAUGUUUUGAAAAAUGUCUUUGUGAUUUUGUGUCCAUACAAUGGAAGUCAAUGGCAGCCGAUGUUGUUUGAUUACCAACAUUCUUCAAAAUAUGUUAUUUUAUGCUCUGCAACAAAAAGUCAGAAAAGUAAUUUGGAAUGACAUGAGGAAGACUAAAUGAUAGAAUAUUUGUUCUUUUUGGGUGAACUAUCCUGGUGGUAACCAGAGUCCAACACUUGAGAAAUGCUGGUAAAAAUCUGUAAUUUACGUUGUUUUUCUGCUUCAGCGGUCAGGUCAAAUUGUCGUACUAAAAUACGAAAAGCCAACUCAAAGAGGUUACACAUCCUUUAACAUUUAGUUAAAAAAAAUCAUUCAUGUUAAGUGGAGCAAAAUUCUUCGAAAAUAUUAAAGGUAUCCUACACCUUUUCAGUCUUUCACAACAUCUAAAGAAUUGAAUAUAACUUUCAACAUGUCUAUAACUAUAUAAACAUGAAGAUUUUGUGUAAUGCUGCAUCCACAUCAGUAGAUGUCAGUAUAAAGCUCAAGAUGUCUGUUGAAUUUAACAGGGAAAUGACACAAUUAUAAAAUGUCCUUAAUGCUAUUUUGUCUCUAUUUGCACUUCACACCAUUUGGAUUGAUGUGCCACCAGCAACUGCUCUCAUAUCAUUACAAACUGUAGGUCAUUAACAUUUCCUAUGAAGAAAGACUGUUUUGUUCAGACUGAAACAAGACUAUAGAUGCUGUAUAGGGCCUUGUUUCACUUUUAAAGGGAUGUAUGGACAGUUAUUCAUGGAUGACAUGUACUUAUCAGUAUUAUUGCAUGUGUUUUUAACGUAAAAGCUCAACGCUCUACAUGUUAGGUUAGUGUCGAUCAUUCUAUAGACUUUGUAAGGUGCUCACUAUGAAAUGGUCCUGUUUCUUUUCAGAAGCUGAGUGGCUUUAACUGUUACAAACCCAAACAUUUACUCUGUAUGUAUGAACGAAGGUAAAAUUAUUUAUGUGUUGAGUUUUUGAGUUAAUGUUUCAGAAUUGUAAUUGUAAUUGUAACAUUCCUUUCUUUAAAGAUAUCUUUUCUUUCUUUGAAGUCAAGUAACACUAACACUGUGCUUUUUGUGCUAAUGCUGUACUGUGACAUCUGUAGAAUAUAUUCAGUGAAUCUAGAAGCUUUGCCAUUUUGAAGAAUGAAAUUAAAUAAAUGAAAGUAAA